AUGCUAUCUAUAUAUUUGGUUUUCUUAUCUAUCUAUCUAUCUAUCUAUCUAUCUGUCUGUCUGUCUGUCUGUCUGUUCAUAUCUAUCUAUCUGUCUGUCUGUUCAUAUCUAUCUAUCUGUCUGUCUGUACAUAUCUAUCUAUUAUUCUUUGUCUGUCUUCUGCUCAUAUCUAUCUAUCUAUUUAUUUAUCUAUCUAUCUAUUUAUCUCUAUUCAAAUCUAUUCUUCAUUAUCUAUCUAUCUAUCUAUCCCACUUUGUGCAUAUCUAUCUAUCUAUCUAUUUGCAUGACUCUUUUAGUAUCUAUCUAUCUAUCUAUCUAUCUAUCUCUGUUCAUAUAUACCUGUUUAUUUUUCUUUAUCUGUCUCUCUCUCUCACUCUGUUAAUAUCUACCUAUCAAUUUUUCUCAAUCUGUUCAUAUCUAUCUAUCUAUCUAUCUAUCUAUCUAUCUAUCUAUCUAUCUAUGUUCAUAUCUAUCUCUCUAUCUUCCUGUCUUUCUCAAUCUAUGUAUCUAUCUAUCUGUCUAUCUAUCUAUCUAUCUAUUCUUCUUUAUCUAUUUCUGUUCAUAUAUAUCUUUUUAUUCUUCUUCAUCAAUUUGUCUCUCCCCACCCUCUCUCUCACUCUCAGUCUGUUCAUAUCUAUCUGUCUAUCUAUCUAUCUAUUUAUCUAUCUAUCUAUCUUAUCUCUCUCUAUCCCUAAAUCUAUCUAUCUACAAAGCGCGAUAGGAUCUGUUCUUCUUUUUUGUUAUAUGAAUAUUUUUUUUUCUUUUUUCUAUUUUCUUUCUAAUUUUCUUUCUUCUUUUCUUUCUUUCUUUUCCUAA